GAAGUGGGUACAGCACGACCAGAUGCUGCUGCUCCGGUCUCUGCGGCACACCAUGCCCCUCAGCCUCUUCCGGCGCCUCCUCCUGGCGGUCUUACUGCUGGUGAUCAUCUGGACCCUGUUUGGGCCUUCGGGCUUGGGGGAGGAGCUGCUGAGCCUGUCCCUGGCGUCCCUGCUGCCGGCCCCAGCCUCACCCGGACCGCCCCUGGCCCUGCCCCGCCUCUUGAUUUCUAACCCCCAGGCCUGCGGUGGCUCCGGACCCCCUCCCUUCCUGCUCAUCCUGGUGUGUACGGCCCCGGAGCAUCUGAACCAGAGAAACGCCAUUCGGGGAUCUUGGGGUGCCAUCCGCGAGGCCCGGGGUUUCAGGGUGCAGACGCUCUUCCUCCUUGGAGAACCUGUAAGACAGCAGCUUGCUGACUUGGCCUCAGAGUCAGCAGCACAGGGGGAUAUCUUGCAGGCCUCCUUCCAGGAUUCCUACCGCAACCUCACCCUCAAGACGCUCAGCGGACUGAGCUGGGUGAACAAGUACUGUCCUAUGGCCCGCUACAUCCUCAAGACGGAUGAUGACGUGUAUGUCAACGUCCCUGAGCUGGUGUCAGAGCUGAUACAGAGAGGGGGGCCUCCAGAGCAAUGGCAGAAGGGCAGAGAGUCACAGGAAGAAACAACAGCUGUCAGUGAAGAGGACAAAGGCCCGGCAGUGCCCCUUCUGUAUUUAGGCCGGGUGCACUGGAGAGUGAGCCCCACUCGGACACCAGAGUCCCGGCAUCAUGUGUCAGAAGAACUGUGGCCGGAAAACUGGGGUCCUUUUCCACCCUACGCCUCGGGCACGGGGUAUGUACUGUCCAUCUCUGCUGUGCAGCUCAUUCUGAAGGUGGCCAGCCGGGCCCCCCUUCUACCUCUAGAGGAUGUCUUUGUGGGAGUAAGCGCAAGGCGAGGGGGCCUUGCCCCCACACACUGUGUCAAGUUGGCUGGUGCUACCCACUACCCGCUGGAUAGGUGCUGUUACGGGAAGUUCCUGCUGACAUCCCACAAGGUGGAUCCGUGGAAAAUGCAGGAAGCCUGGAAGCUGGUGAGCGGACUGAAUGGGAAAAGGACUGAGCCCUUCUGCUCCUGGCUCCAGGGAUUGCUGGGUACCUUGAGGUGCCGGUUCAUAGCCUGGCUCAAUGAUUGAGGGCCACAGAAAACAAGACAGCACCUCAGGGACCUUUGCCCCAAAGUCGGUGGUGCACAGGCUGCAGUUCCUUGUGGUGACCUAUUUCCUCACAGCCGAAUGAAGCUGCUGCCAACCAAGGAUAGAUAGGAGACUUGGGGCCUGGCCUGCCAGCUCCAAACACCAGGGAGUAAAGCACAGGGGGUGGGGGUGGGGAAGACUCACCAGCAGGGACAAGGGCCCAAUAAACAUGUCUCUCUACCUCA